GGACGUAAAGAUGAAGCUAAGAGGCGAGGUGAAGCUAAGAGAGAUGCAGCCAGAGAUCUUUUCCUUUGGGCAGUUGUCCAGAACAACAAGGAGCUGGCUGAAAUCAUCUGGGAUCAGUGCAGAGACAGCAUGUCUGCUGCUCUGGCUGCCAGUAAAAUUCUGAAGAAAAUGGCAGAGGAGUCAAUUGAUGCUGACGAGGCUCAGAAAAUGCGGAAGCUCGCAAAGCACUACGAAAAUCAUGCGAUUGGUGUGUUCAACGAGUGCUACAAGAACGAUGAGGAGCGCGCCCAGAAACUGCUGGUUCGAAUCUCACGCUGUUGGGGCAAGACAACGUGUCUGAGGCUGGCGCUGGAGGCUGAUGAUAAAAACUUUGUGGCUCAGUCAGGUGUUCAGAAUCUUCUUACUCAGAUCUGGUGUGGUGAGCUGUCAGUCAACAAUCCUGUGUGGAGGGUGCUGGUCUGCAUGGUCUUCUUCCCUCUGAUCUACACCAAGUUUCUGGCUUUCAGACGUGAUGAAGACCUGCAGAGAGAAAUCGAGCAAAAAGAGGAGAUAAAAAUUACUGUGGAGGAAGAAAAAAAGACUGGGGAGAAGGAGGAAGAGACUGGGGAGGAAAAGACAGAAAGCUGUAUGACGAAUAAUUUGCAAUGCUUUAAACACCUUGUGGAGCCAGUCUGGUCCAGACUGGAAGGACUGUACUGCUCUCCUCAGGUCAAGUUUUAUGGAAACAUCGUCUCGUACUUUGCCUUCCUGUUCCUGUUUGCUUACGUCCUGAUGAUCGACUUCCAGAGAACUCCAUCUGGAGUAGAGAUGAUGCUCUACAUCUGGCUGUUCUCUCUGGCAUGUGAGGAGAUCAGACAGUUGUUUUAUGAUCCUGAUAAUCUAAGGCUUUAUGAGAAAGUCAAAGUGUACGUUCAAGAGCUGUGGAACAUUUUGGACAUCCUCUCCAUCCUGCUGUUCUGUAUAGGGCUUGUAUUCAGGUUGACAACCAAGUUGUUCUACCCAGGUAAAAUCAUCCUGUGCAUCGACUUUGUGGUCUUCUGCCUCCGCCUCAUGGCAAUCUUCACCAUUAGUCAAACACUGGGACCUAAAAUCAUCAUAGUCAAGAAGAUGAUGAUGGAUAUUUUCUUCUUCAUGUUUCUCCUGAGCAUCUGGGUCAUGGCCUAUGGUGUUGCCAAACAAGGCAUCCUCAUCCAAAAUGACAAUCGGCUGGACUGGAUCAUCCGUGGGGCUGUUUACGAGCCGUAUCUCAUUAUAUUUGGAAAUUUCCCUGAAAACAUUGACAAUGCUGGAUUUAAUAUAAAUUCAUGCAGCAUGAAUGGUACGGAUCCCAUGAAGCCCAAGUGUCCUGUGCUGAACGAAAACCAAAUGCCGGCGUUCCCUGAGUGGCUCACCAUCAUCAUGCUCUGUGUUUACUUGCUGUUUGCCAACAUAUUGCUCCUCAACCUCCUCAUAGCCAUCUUUAACUACACGUUCCAGGAGAUCCAUGAGAACACAGAUAGGAUCUGGAAGUUUCAAAGAUAUCAGCUGAUUAAGGAAUACCACAGCCGCCCGUCCCCCCCGCCUCCUUUCAUCAUUGUCAGUCAUAUAAAGUUCAUGAGGAAUUUGGUGCUGUUCAGGGAUCCAAUCAAACACGAAUUCAAGAAGGAUUUUUCUGAAGAAAAAGAAGAGGAACUGUUGUCCUGGGAGGCCUUGAUGAAGGACAGACACCUGCUGUCUGCACGGCAGAAGAGCCAGAGCAUGGAGGGACGCAUCCUGGAUACAUCUCAAAAGGUUACCACCUUAACUGAACGCCUGGAGAGACUGGAGAAACUAGAGGAAAAGGACACGCAGUCAAACACAGCACUGCAGAUGAGUGGGGGCAGUCUGAAAUCUCAGGACGAUCCUGGAAAAACAACUCAGCAACAGAUUAUUGACAAGGUUAACGCCUUAACUGACCGGAUGGAAAAUCUAGAGGAACAGGUCACCAAUGCACUGCAGAGGAUUGAGGACAAUCUGAAAUCUCUGGGUGCUCCUGCAGGAAAAAAUCUGUGACAAAGAAGAAGCUGAAGAAGCGCAUACAUUGAUAACAUGAUUGUGUUUUGCUUCAGGUUUCAUGAUUUCUCUGACAGAGAUAUGUAACUAUUAAAUCAAUUUAUAUUUCUUACUUUUUGGAUGAGGUGUGCUUAAAUGCUAAAUUAAAUGAGUCUUAGUUAUACAGGUGAUGAUAUAAGUUAUGGGUAAUGUGGGUUUGAAGGCCAGAAAUAGACAUUGACUUAUCUACGUUUCUCUCUUUCAUUGUUUGAGUAAAGAGAGGUAUUGUUUAUAAUGAUUAAGUCAAACUGUUACUUUGUUAUUUGUAGGA